AUGGACUCCCAAGCACGCCCACUGAGUAAGGUUGACUAUUCCAAUCCCAACGAUGACAUCCUGAACGAGCACGACCAGCUCCACCAGCAGUCCCCGCACUCCGCCAAGUUCCAAGCUGAGAAACUUCCUCCUUCGAAACAACGCACCAAACCAUGGGUCAAAUUCGGACUCCCAGCCCUCCUCAUCGCCAUCCUCCUCGCCGUCGUCCUCGGCGCCGUCCUCGGCAGCCGCCACUCCUCCAAGGACGGCGGACUGCCCGCCUCCAUCGCCUCCGCGGGUGCCGGUCUCAGCGCCGGAAAGGACACCAACCAUGUGCUCUUCUCGGGCUACAACGCCUACGGCGUCCCCCAAUAUCCCUCCUCGGCCAGCCAGCUUUUCAACACCCCGCCCACCUUCUCCACCUCGGCCAACCUCGCCUGGGGAACCGACCCCAACCCGCCCGACAAAUCAGGCUCCUCCGUCCGCCAGGACCAUCCCCGACUGUUCGCCCCCGCAUACAAGUGGGACCGGCUGCCGGCGCUCAUCAAGGUCGACCCCUACCUCAAGAGCUGGAACGAUACCAUCUUCGCCAAUGCCACCAUGUUCUACAACAUGGAACCUACCAACUACUCCAUCGACGGCGGAUUCAGCGGCUCCGGCGUCCUGGAUGUCGCUAGAGAGGUCCAGCUCCGUCUCAAACAUUGGGCCUAUGCUUACCGGCUCACUAAAGACACAAAAUGGGUCGACCGGUCCUGGAGAGAGCUGCAGACUGCCGCCGGUAACACCACCCAGCCCUUUGGUCGAACAGGCAACAAUUGGAACACCGAUCACUGGCUAGACGUCGCUGAAUUCACGAUCGGCUUUGCGAUUGCGUACGACUGGAUGUACGAGGCAUGGACGCCGGAGCAAAGGAACGCGAUCAUGUGGUCGAUCAUCAACCUGGGGCUGCAGAAGGGCAUCCAAUCCCACGCGACCAAUGCAUGGUUCCUGACCACCAAUGGGAACUGGAAUUGUGUGACCAACGGGGGCAUGGUGGUCGGCUCGCUGGCGAUCAUGAACGAGGACCCGACGGGCACCGCCUCCAAGCUGCUCCCAUUGGCGCUCCAGUCGGCGGCCACUAACUGUGUCAAUGCUGUCUCCCCCGACGGCACUUGGAGCGAGACCUCCGACUACUGGUAUUUCGGCUCCCAAGGCCACGCACACAUGACCUCUGCUCUACAGACUGCAACUGGAAGCACCCAUCAGUUAUUGACCGCCAACCCGUCCUUCAACCUCACCGGGCUCUACCACAUGUAUGUCUACGGCAACACCUUCAAGGCAAAUAACGGUGACUGUGGCCCCAACAAAUACGUGGCCACUGCCAAUCCGAUGCUCUACUACGGGGACCAGUACCAAAUUCCGCGAUACAUCCUCUACCAACGAGACCGAGCGGAUGCAGCGGACCCAUUGAGCAUGUUCUGGUACAACCCGCAAGCCUCAGGGGGCUGGUUUAUCGACCUCCCGCUGGACCACAACUUCGGGGACCCGAGUGACGCCUGGGUGUCGAUGCGGUCGUCAUGGACGAACACGGAGGGCAUGUUUGCGUCACUGAAAGCGGGCAACUUGACGGGUCACCAGACGCAUGGCUUCCUGGAUGCCGGUGACCUGACAUUAGACGCGAUGGGCGAGCGCUGGGUGGGCCAGCUGUGCCAGAACGACUACCUUGGCGCGGGCUACUUCUCUUCCGAAGGGAUCAACAGCCAGCGUUGGCUGUACUACCGCUGUCGCACGGAGGGCCAGAACACGCUCCUUCUCGGCGGACUGAACCAGAACCCGCUCUCGGUCAGCCCCGUCACCAAGUUCGAGUCCACCGGCGACACCCAAAACAACAUCAACUUCAACGUCAACAACGGGCCCUCUACGGCCCUCUGGAUCGCCGACCUCUCCGAGGCCUAUAACGGAACCAACAUCAAGCGCGGCCUCCGCUUCCUCAACGGCCGCUCUCAGGUCCUUCUCCAGGACGAAAUCGCGGCCUCUACUCUUGCGGCCCAAUGGCGCAUCCACACCAAUGCGACGAUCACGAUUGCCGGCGACGGUGCCUCUGCCAACAUGAACCUGAACGGCAAGCAAAUGACGGUGUCUAUCGUCUCGCCCGGGGGCGCCAAGUUCGAGACCCUCGACCCCGUCCGCGUCCAGGGGGCCCCACCGGUGCCUGCAGGCUCGCCCGACCUGCCCAACCCGGGCGUAAAAGUGCUCGCCAUCAACCUGCCCGCAUCGACCGCCUCGACGACCGUCGCCGUCCUCUUCAGUCCCCAAUGGAACGGCAACUCGGGCGCUGCUAAGGCUGUCGGCGCUAAGAUGGUCGCGCUGGACCAGUGGAGCUUGGCGUCCCAUAAUUAG